GUGUCGAUAUAUUUAUUCUUCUUCCGUACGUAAUCCAAAAUUUUAUUUUGUAAUAGUUCAAAAUAAAGGGAAAAAGAAAGAAAGCUCUUCAGUAAUUAUCCAAAGUUUCCUGGAUAUUUACGGUUCGUUCUUUCCAAUCAUGUUCUUCUCCCCUGCUCCAAGCAAUUCAACUUCCGGCCCCACCCGGCGCCCAGCUUCCGUUCCAAGCAAAAGUAAAAUACCACCCCUAUAUGAACCACGGCGCGCGGGCGCGGCCAUACAUACACAAUUAGCGACAGCAUCUGACUUGACUUGCUCUAUACGUACGUCAAGAUUUGAAUCGCGGCGAGCGUUGCGUUGGGAGUUGGGCGAUGGAGAACAAGGGUGCGGCGGAAGGCGUGAUGCAGAAGGCGGCGGCGCAGCAGCCGGAGAAGGAGUCGACGGCGGCGUCCUCGUGCUUCCGGAGGGCUACGGCGGGCGAGGAGGAGGCGGCGGCUACGUUGAUGGACCGGUUCCGGCAGUUCAAGGACGCGCCGCGGUCGGAGCACUGGGUCUGCCUGAAGAACAAGGUCCGCGCCGCCCGGGAGUACGCGGGGCUCAUGACCCGCCAGGGCGUCUCCAUGUUCGGCGAGCCCAAGAUCGGCCCUGUGUUCCAGCAGGAAGCAGGCGCCAAGGAGAAGAUGCCUCCUGCAGCUGCUUCCGCCGAGUCCUAGACGACGAUCGAGUAGUGGCCAGUAUUGUGGUGCGUUUCUUCAUUAAUUCUACCGUAGUCUAGUUCAGGUUUUGUUGCGUAGUUCGGCUCUUCGAAGCUGAGGACAGUUUUGUUGUUAUUUUACGGAUUUUGAGUCUGGACAUGCAUACAUUUUUGCGUUA